UGCCCCCUCUCAAAUAAGCCCCCCAGUCUCUAUAAAGUCCCCCCCCCCUCUCAAAUGUGUCUGAAUAAGCUCUCCGGGGGACUUAAUAGAGGAUUUAAGGUAUGUUCACGCUAUACAGGACAGCUUUUAGCUAUGUUCACACUUCCUACCGACAUGAAAAGCGAGCCGUUAUAGUAUGAGCAGCAACGCAGUAGAACUGGAACAAGUCAUUCACACACACUCGAACAGUUAGCCGAGAGGGAUUGGUGAGGCUAAAUCCUGGUCCUCACUACUGAAUAGUUACUUCCGUCUUAGCGGAUUCCAGUCCUGGCUCUUAUUCGCUCACUGCUGCUACGGUCCGAAUAUCCUUCACACUACACCAAUGUGUGGCAUAGAACAUAUCCGAUAUAUGUCUCUCCACUGUAGAGAUCAGCGCGGCGCAGCUACACUACCUUACAGAAAUCGUGCCGAAAUCAUAAUUUAUUAUUUGUGAACAGAAGCCCUCUCCGGUAUAGUGUGGAAUAGCCUUAGAAAUCCCUAUGAUCUUACAAGAUCCGAGGAAGCCGACUUCAGCAGAAACGUCGCUUAAAAAGUGAAUUUGCGUUUCUUCAAUUUUCAUCGACAUUAUUCCAGCUCACUUACUUUGUUAAAUUGGAGAGUUCGCUUGUAUUUGACAAGUGAGUGAGCUCUAACAAUUGCUAUCAAAAUUCAAAGAACUAGAAUUCAAAUUUUAAGCAAAGUUUUCGCCGCCGUAGCCGUCGGAUCUCAAGGUCCCUAUUCUGAACUUAUAACUUAGAUGGUCAGAGGUCAGCGAGAAGGAGGGCGGUAAUUUUUGAGCUUCGUUAAAUUUACAAUGAAUUUAGCUUAUUAAAGCUGUGUUUUCCUCUUUUUUUCUUCUUAAUUUUGGAGUAGGAGUGAGUACAAACAAAGAUUGUUGUUGUUGUUGUUGUUGAUGUUGAACUGUGCACCUAAUCCGCAGGAUUCCUUUCAACUGUCUACUUGUAAACCUAGCAGCAGCGGAUAUCUCUUACGCGACAUUUGCGGUACCCAAUAUCAUUUUAAGCCACCAUGUUUACCAUCCUGAGGGUCUUGCUGGCACAUUACUGUGCACAACGUUAACAGGUGGGAACUUAUCGUGGGUUGGUGGCCGUGCCUCUAUGAUCACUCUGCUUGUCAUCGCCAUUGAAAGGUACUUUGCAGUGGUUCAUCCUCAUGGAAACAAAGGAAAACUAAUAAAUCGCAAACUCAAGGUUUGUGAUAUUCAAUUAUAUCGCUCAUAUUUUUCCCGCGAACGACAGAGUGGGUCACGCUGUAGAAGGCCUAAAUGUAAUAAACGGUCCUAAAUGUAAUAAAAUUUUGUCCUAAAUGUAAUAACAAUUUGCCCUAAAUGUAAUAAACUCUUAAGCUGCCAAUUACAGUAAUUACUCGAAUAAGCCCCGCCCUCAAAUAAGCGCCGCAUUUUGACGUUGUCUCAGGUUUGCAUAACUGUCUCGAAUUCUCCCAAUCCCUCGAGUGUUUAUAUCUGGCUAUUCAAACACAGGAAAAAAGUUCUCUAUUGCUUAAAUAUUGCGUUUUUUAGAAAAAUACUGUUACUUUUCCGUUUACAAGCAAUAUUUAUUUGUAAACGUUAAGUUUCACAGUGCAUAAGGAAAUGUACCAAAUUUACGCGAAUUAGCGCCGCGGCGCUUAUUAACUUUUUUCUCAAAAACGUGGCGCUUAAUACCAUAGCAAUACCGCUCAGUACCGUAUUUAGUCGAAUAAGCGCCGCGACGCUAAUUAACUCCCCCACCCCCUAAAUGCGGCGCUUAUUUGAGGGCGGGGCUUAUUCGAGUAAUUACUGUAAUUGGCAGCUUAAGAGUUUAUUACAUUUAGGGCAAAUUGUUAUUACAUUUAGGACUUUAUUACAUUUAGGACAAAAUGUUAUUACAUUUAGGACUUUAUUACAUUUAGGACCGUUUAUUACAUUUAGGCCUUCUACACACGUGACCUGACUUUUCCCGCGUUUGCCAUUUGCCGGCUGCCGUUUCAACGCGAGGAGAAUAUUUUACCCGUUUGGAGAAAACGCGAAAACUUGAGUAUUUGCACCGCAAUUGUACCGACUAUUUCUUCAUUUUAGUUUAUUUUGGGUCGUAAAUUGCGCCCGUUUCGACUUUAUGAUUAAAAUUAUGAUUACGACGACUGCGACCACAAUAAUUAAUAAUGAUUUACGAUUACUAUUACGGUUACGGUUACGAUUAUGGUGAUGAUUAUGAUUACGACUGCGACUACGACAACGAAAAAAUGGGAGUCGGAAGAAUCAGAACGUUUUCAUUUUCUUCUGACUCCGCUUAUGACUCAGACGUUUACGAUCAAGUGCAGAUUGUCGGGGUCGGAAGCAGAAGCGGAAAAAUACACAAUCACAAUGCUCAUUCCCACGCUUUGUGAUUGGUUUAGCUCUUCCACUCCUAUCUGCGACUUCGAAUACCUAGUUUUUACUUGAUCGUGAGAGACGGAGACUACGCUAUAUUCGCGAAAUAUCCCUCCGCCUUUCGGUUGGAGCCUCCUCGUUUAGCCAAUUAAAUAGAGUACUAGCCUGACUUUCAUGCCAUUGGAAUUGAAGUAUUAAGAGAACUAAGAAAUUUGACAAAUAUGGUUAAGACCGGGGUCCGUAAUAUGUCCGUUCUCAGCGACCGCAGAGCGCUGCCAUUAAAUUUAAGAAGAAAAAUCACACACCACUACCCUGCGAGCAGAGACACGCGGAAGCUCGAACUUCUAUACUAGUCAAUCUUGUUUUCUUUUGUCAAACUGGUUUUCCGAGUGCGAACUUCAGUUUAUUGACGAUAAACCGAUAUUCAUAACUGAGCGCGCCGCAUCAAGCGCAUAGCUAUUAUAAUCAUUAGGCCUGGGUUUAAACCUGUAUCACAGCAACAAACAGCAUCUUGCCCAACACUUAGGAUCUUAGUCGAUUCAUGCCGAGUCUUUCUCGGGUACGCAGGGGUCACACAGCACAUUCACUGACACGGCUUCAUUAAAACUGAUAAGACCGUGCUUACAAGACUAAAACUACAUCAUGAAACGAAACCCAGCUACAAAAUGAUCACAUAUUGUGAGCAUAACCGACAUUGUGACAGCUAAUCAGACCUAACCAUUGUACAUACUUUUUUUAGGUUGUUAUUCCCGGUAUUUGGAUCAUAGCAAUUAUUUAUAGAAUACCAUCCGCGAAGAGAACUUUUGAUGCCACUUCCGACUCAUGUGUUUCCUCAUUGCCAACGGAGACGAAAAAGGCCACUGGUAUUGCUUUUCGUGUUUUGAAGUUUUUUCUCAUAGCAUUGUUGGUCGUGCUAUACUCCAGAGUUGUGUAUGCCUUGUGGUUCAAGCCAAGUGAUGAUGUACUCAAACAUCAGCAACGGGUAUUAGCCUUGUUAUAGCCUGAAAGUACGCUCUCAGUUCUGGAAUCGAGCCGAGGCAAAGGGUCUCGCGCGACUGGGCGAGUGGCGGGCGAAGCCUUAAUCAUUCGAUCGUUAGAUUUGUUUCUCGCUCGAUUUUUAAAUGGAGAGCUUUCUUGCAGGCUAGCCUUGUAAAAAGAAGUCAAAAAUCAUCAUCAUUCUUUAUUGUAAAUGUGUCAUUAAUAUUUAGCAACGUAUCGAAAAGCAGCUAGAAAAAAAGAAUAAACGGAAGAUCAUUAUCACCGCACAAAAAUAUAAUGCUUGUGUCAAUGGCAAUUCCCCAAGAGCGUCGGCUUUAACUCUACUGAAUUCGUACCUAAUUCUCUCCUUCUCUUUCAUAGUUAGCUUGAUAAUUCUCUUGCAAGUUUAAAAGUGAUCAUUAAAAGAAGAAUAAAUACUGCCAGGAAAUUCUUCUCCUCAGUAGGUUUCAUUACUAUAUUGUAAUAUGGGUCGCACUCCUUAAAGUUAGGGGUCUUUAGGCUAAUUUUAAGCGAGAUCUAAAGUUCAAAGGACAUAAACGUUACUUAAAAGUUGAUUUAACUGUGUACAUUCUUACAGUGUUGGAGAAGAACAAUAUUUGGGAGCUUAAGCAGAGAAGUUUUUGAGCAACGCACGUCAACUGGAAGUUUAGUCUUUUCAUUCCACUGUGCCUUUACGCGACUAAAUUUGUAUUUCUUAGCGUCUUACUCAUAAAGAGAAGACCUGCCUUAAAAUUAGGGGAAAACCACGGCCCGAGAAUGCGAAUAGUCUCAGUUCCGGUUGACAAUUGUCACUCAAAAACGUCUUUGCUCACUGCUCCCUAUUGCAAGCUUGGGGUGCCUGUUCUAAUGUAUCAUUGUUUUGUACACAGACUGUACUGAGGUUGCGGAAGAGAGUCACCUUGAUGGUUGUCUCUGUCAGCGCCAUAUUUGUAAUUUCUUGGGGAGGAGACACACUAUGAAAUUAAAACCCAUGAAAAUCCAGUGAAAUUUUUCAUGGUAAUUUCACAUGUUUUUCACAGGUUUUUCAGGAGAUUUUGAUGGGGAAUUUUCAUUGGUAUUUCAUGGGGAACAUGCCAUGAAAAUAAAAUGAAAAAAGCGUGAAAAAACCCCUUAAAAUUCAACGCUUCAUGGCCCAUGAAAAAACUUUAACAAACAAAAAUCCCAUGAAAAUGCCAUGAAAUAGAAUGAAACCCGCUAAUUUUUUUUCAUGGCUUUUUAAUGAUAAUGAAAAAGCCAUGAAUUAAAAAGCUCUUUUUUCAUGGUGUCGGAAUUUAUGGGUUUUUCAUGGGGUUGUUAAAUUCAUGCCCCAUAAAAAAACCAUGAUUUUUCCGUGAACGGUCGAAUAUUAAUGGGUCAUGAAAAAAUGAAAUGGCUUUUGAUGACAUUUUCAUUACCCAUGAAUUAUGGCCCUCUCUUAUUUUUCAUGGGAAAGACAAAGACAUGGCUACCAUGAAAAUUUAGUCUUAAACUACUCUCGACUGUUAAAUCAAAUACAUCACUGAGGAUUUGUUGGCUGGUUAAAUUGAAGCUAUAUACAUGUAGCAACAACCCUAACCCUAAAUAAAAGCUAACUGUUUUUCAAGUCAGUGCUUAACCCUAAUUACUAUUCUCAGGGCUUAUUUAAAAAAAAUCUACAGUCUGCACAGUCUGCAGUCUGCAUUUCAACUUGACUGCACUUUAGUAUGGUGUACUACAGUGUAAAUAAGGCCAUUAAUGACAAAAAAAGUGUCAUUGCAAUACAAAAUUCAUCUGGAAUACAUGUACUGUAUCUCCUCUCCAGGCUACAAUCAUGACGUACCAAAUUUCACCAUUGAAAAUGAACAACAAAUUUCAAGGGUUCCAUCCCACUUAGUUUGGACAAGUUUCAAUGAAAUAAAAAAAGCUCAUUUUCAAGGCCAAUACAGAUGUUUAUUUUAGCUAAUAGCAAAUGAACAGCUGUACAAGACAAAUCAUUUAAGUGAAAACUAAAGUUGUUGUGUUACAAUAACAAAAAAAUGUAAAUCUUAUCUUUGGUCACUGUUGUUGCCUCAGCCAUCAGAUCCAUCUUGUAAGUACAGUGAUACAAUGAAUAUUGAAAUGCAGCAACAUCUAAACAAAAUUAACAGCAGAAUCAUGUCAAGAUUUCAUGUAGAACAUUUGAUCCAUCCUUAAAUAAUAAAACAAUGGUUUUGAUGACGCAAACCACACAAAAGGAUAUCAUUAUUUUUAAAAUAACCGAUUCAUUAAUGAAAUAUAUGGAUAAGCAGGCUUUGUUAAAGGUCAAGCCGGCUUUUUUGCACUACUGCGUCUCUAAAAUUCCCCUAUGUCUUUGGUUUGGUUUGCAAAUUCAGCUGGUGGUAAGCUCUUUUUCAGCUGGUUGAACUAGCUGGCAGCCAGCUCUUAACCACAUCCCUGUUAGCCUGUGUACAGACCACCCCCUCCCCUAAGUAAAAAUCAGAGAAGGGGCGUCUGUGAUUCACUGUUGCUAAUCGUGAAUGGGAAUAACUUUGCAUAAAUUAAAAAAAUUGUUUCCACUGACCAAAAUUUCCAUGGCUCAUGUUUCAUGUCAUUCCAGUUCUCAAAAUGUCGGUGCAUGCGUGUUAUUUCCAUCGAGUAACUGAGAGAGUGACACAUUUCUAAAAUAGGAUUACUCUAUACCGAGCAAGAAAAAUGUUCUUACAAGCCCAUAUUGAAGGAAAAGAUCCAUGUUCUUAUGCAAGCCUUCCCACUGGAUACGGGAAGUCAUUAGUUUGAAAUAAAGUGUUGACAAGUCAGACAUGACUCAUGAGCUCAUGAUAGUGUGAAACGUGACCCUAGCAUUAUUGUUUUGCUUGAGUUUUGAUGACAGGCCCUAAAGCCAAUCAAAAUCCCUCAACUUCAUGAUGUACACACUGUAAUGAUCUACAAAUAACAGCCAAUCAAAUCAUUUUCCACAUAUUCCAGGAAAAAUCACGUGGCCUCCAUACCCGAUUACCAAUGGUGCAUUACAGACGCCCCUUCUCUGAUUCUUACUGAGGAGAGGGGGCGCUUGUACACAGGCUACAUCCCUGCUUACCCUGGCAUGAUUGUAAACAAUCUGCUUUAAUACAUACAUGUAAUUUACUGUUGUCAGGUUUGUUGGAAUGAAUUUUGAACAGUUCCAUCAGCAGAGCCAACCAUAUAUACAGGGUUUGCAAAUUUUAUUGAUGAGUGGAGUCACUGUGACUUCUGCUUCACAAAUUUUGGAGUCAUUUUGGAAUAUUUGGAGUCAAGUAUCACAACGAAAAAAGCCAUUUUCAGACUUUCCAGCACGUGGUCCUAGCAUGUAUACACUAUCGUUAUGGAUACACAAAGUAGCUGUGGCGGUCCGCUGACCUGGAAAGCUCAAAUCCAUGAUGGCGGUCAUCGAGUAAACUUUGAUCGUAAUUUACCCUCUUCCUGUUUUGUCGUGCAGUAUAAUUCUUUAAUUUUGAUGAUUUAAUUAAGGUUUACAACGUUAACAAUUAACGUAAAUUGUAUUUGUUGCAAAAAAGGUAACGAUAAAACUGUGUUUGUUACCGAAAAUUUCUGGAGUCGAAGUGGCUCCCUGUUUGUUACCGAAAAUUUCUGGAGUCGAAGUGACCUCUGUGGAGUCAGCUGAACAAUUUUGGCGUAAAAUACGCCAAAUUUGGUGUAUUUGCGAACCCUGAUAUAUAGCAUACUGUAGUUCAACUUUUCUACCCUAGCUAAGCCAGAUACAGUAGUGUAGACAAAGAUUGAAACUUCUUCCCUAUUAAAAGAAUCCCCUACUUUGAAGGAAAAUAAUAUGCUCUAGUGCUUAAUGAUCAGAACAACGGAGUAAUGGAUCAGUCAAUUCCAGCUGCGCCCAGCGCCCCCCCAGGCUACUGCAGGGCAUUUGCCCGCCUUGUCAGUCCCGGGGCUGGGGCAUUUGCAAAUUUUUGUGCUGCCCGGGGGCCGGGCAUUUGCCAACCCCUCAGCCAUUCCCGAGCUUUUGACACACACGUUGUUUCCUAUCAGAAUAUAACUACACAAAGGAUUUCACUGGGAAAGAAAACAGAUUGGCUCAAAGGCCAUGUAAAGGCAUGUUCUUGAUUUUAUGCAUGCAUGCAUUUCUUCAUUGCUUAUCAAGCCAGAAUUACAUAGCGAAAUCUGGAGCUAUCAAAGUGAAUAAGAGUUUUUGGUCAUUAAAUCAAAUUUCUGUUGAUAUUAUUUGAAAAGCAUCCUUUCAUAUUUAUAAAACUAUUCAUAACAUAAAUUAUAACUCUGGUCGCAGCUGGAAUUGACUCAUGCAUAACAAUUUCAAGGUUAGAAUAGUGAGACUUUUGUGUCAAGCAAGACUUUCAUUUUGGUCACAUGCACAUCCGGUGUCUAAACAAUUUACUUCUUUCAUUUCUGUUCUGAUCAAGGUCAUGACCCUUGUAUGGCUUUCCCCGAGUGAAUCCGUUCGUCGAAGAAACUGAUUUGUCGCUUGAAAAAAGGAUCGUCAUGUCCAUCAAACAUCAUUUCGGUAAAAAUAAACUUAACAAAGACCAUGCACAGCCUCUGUCACAUUGUGUUCCUCAAAGCUUAUAUUUCCUACAUCAUGAUCAACUUGAACUGUAAUCGCGGCUCUGUCUGACUGUGCCCCAGCACACAACGACGAAACUUUGAUUAUUUCGCUUUAGUAGCAAGUAAUCUACAAUAAACAAGCACUACUUAAGAAUGAUUAAAAACAAAACUCACCUAAAAUCGUUUACCGAAUCCAGCCGAUGAUCUCAUAUCAGCGGUGCGAAGUUUUCGUUACAUGUUACACAAAAAAGCGAUCGAUUAUGGUUCCUCACAGUCGCGCAACAAGUGACGUUUCUUAAACGUUUGCGUUAAAGGUUAAAACAUGUUUUGAAUCCGAAGAUUCUUCCUAAACUUACAAUCAGAGCGAACAAAACCCAACACUAGCGAAGCCGUUAGUUUCAAUUUGAACCGCCCUCAAACCGGUUUGCCUUGCGACCGCGCCUCUAAUUCGAGCAUCACUGCUGACCAUUUUACAGCGUGAGCGCCAAAAACCAAUCGAACUUUGAUCGAGUAAUCAACAGUCAUCAUUUUCAACUUCAAGGCGAGUUUUUAGGGAAUUUACAGUGCUGUGAUAGUUUUACAAGGAAAAAGAUCGUCACCUACAUCAAAGCGGAAGAUGGACCAGUCUUUACAGUGUACAGUGAGGUACGAUAUGUAGCGAAGCAUUGUAACAGAUUAAAGCUAACAAGAUACUCAUACACUGCACGUGUAAUAUUUCCGUACAGCAAUAUUCAGAUCAUAUUUUACGCAUUUAAGCUUACAUGUAAGCUUAAGUCUUAUGUUUCGAUUCCCUUCACAUCAACUGUUUGUGUAAAAUAGUAUGAAAAUGGCUCCUGCAAGCAUAAUGUAUGAGUGGGGCCGUACGGAAAUCCUAAUAAUUAGGAUUUAGGAUUUGAUAAUUUAUCAAACUGGACCCUUCAGCGGCAAAGCUAGAAACAAUUCUCCACAAGGUACGGUUUUACGUUUUAUUCUUGUGUUUAUUCUUGUGCUUCUGUUAAGGCCAUCCUCACCAACCUAUAAUCUCUUUUGGUUAUGCUUGCAUCGCCAAAACUGCACUUGCAUGUUCAUUUUACACACUGUAUACAAUGUAAUUCCUAUGAUUUAGUUCUGUUCUGGUUGAUAAAUAUACAGCUUCAUUUGAGAGUGGCUUAUAAAAUGGUUUGGCUCGUGGUAAUGAAGAUGAGUGGACUGCUUUGAUAGGUGCCAGUACUACAUGUAAAAGAGACAUUGAUCACAACAUUUCAACAUGACAUUAGUCCGUUGCAAUGUAUUAUUGAUAUCAAAAUUUAACUCUUCAAUUUUUUUUAUUUACUUGACUAUUUUGUACAGCGAUGACCACAAUUUAUAUAUCAACAAGCAACGAGUUUAUUUAGUCACAAUUUAUACAAAAGCACUAGCACUGGCUCAUAUAUACAACUGUCCAUGUGUUGACCUUUUCCCUUUUCUUUUGCAAAGGUUAGGAUUAAUGAUUUUUUAUUACUAAUCAUUAGUCUAACAGACCUUCAUGUCCUCUAAUUCAGUCAGUAUUCAUACAGUGUUGUACAGCUGUACUCGUGAUUAAACAAAUUGGACUCCUGCUACACAGUUUUCUGAUUUUGUUAAACACUUGUACAUGUAUGAUUGCAGACUAAAUUGGACUCCACUCAGUCUUACUGAAAUAGUGAACCUACGUCUUAUUUGCAGAACCUCUAAUUUAGAGCAAAUUUUCAGUUGCUAAUUGUGAUAUUAAUCAUUCUGUGACAGGUUCAGUUUUCAAACAGAAGGAAAAUUUACUACCAAGGUUCAAGCAGUGCUAUGGGAGGCAACAAAUGCAGCUAAGAAUUUACACAUUUUAGCAUGUAAACUGGAUUUACUUAAACCUUCAACACUGCAUUGUAUAUAUAUAUAUAUACUUUUUUUCAUAAAUGUCUUGCUAGCCUCCUAAGUGUAUGUUUACAACAAGUACAUGACUGUAUUUCUACUUGUUAAAAUGGAUUGAAAAUUCAGGGUACUACCAUAAACUAUUAAUAAUGUUCAAAAUGUACAAUAGUCACAGUUGUUGCUAAAUUUUGGUUACCUUUUUUCAAUAAAAUAGCAUUGUUGGCCUUUGAAGAUGCCUCUUUAUUGAAACAUUAUUUGUAACUGUACUUCUGUACUUUAGAAAUGUAGCAUGCACUUUUCAACCCAGGCCAGCUCUUGCCUCUUGACUUGAUAGCUUUAACAUUAUCAUGAAAGCCAGGAAAAGUCUUGUUUACAUUUUGUGCUGUGUGUAAUACAUAAAACGGCCUGAACACUGUAUUUUUAAUCAAGUAAGUUACACUUAAAUCAUCCAAAUCAUUUUCAACAAGAAUUGAUUACGUUACAUAAUUUGCAGAGUGUUAAAGAUUUAUCAGAAGAAUUUAGUUUUUAUACUGGUGAUUCAGUUUAACAAAUAGAAAGUAGAUGAUGAUCUGACCCGUGAUCUUAUCUCGAUUCAAGACUAUUUUAUGGAUAUUCCUUUUUUGAUACAAGACCACACUCUGCCUCAUUAAGGGUACUUCAGUAGAACAUUUGAAAAAGCAUUCUACACAGCAAGUAAAGGUUGGUUCAUUCCAAGUUGUAAUAUUUAACUCCUUUGUUUUCUCUUGAGCAGAUGAAACCAUUUUAUAAUCGAACCAUGCAGUAGAUAGCGUAUACCUCUACAUGCAUGGAUAGAAUUUCGCUGGUAUUUUUUAUAUACAGUGUAUUCAGAUGUUUUUAUAAUAAGUAUACACAUCUGAAUGGUAUUGUACAUUGCAUGUUUAAUUCAUGUUGAGUAGCACAUACAUGUACAGUACAGUCAACUUUCUUUAAAGAGGUACUUGGCGCCUGUUCAUACAUGUGUCUGUCUUUUCUCUAACUAUUGAUACAAUAGACAAAAACUUAAGAUGUUGUGCUAGCUGGUCUCAGAGUGGAUCUGUCUUGUUGAAAGUUGACUGUUAAUAGUGCAGCCCAAAGUACUAGUUUCGUUAGGGUAUAGCUAAUUCUAGUACUUCAAAAAACGUACUAUUUCAUUUAUUGAAUACAUGUACAUUUUGUAAAUAUUAUGGAAUGCAGUGUUCUUGCUGCAAAGUUGUUAAAUAUUUAUUCAAGGCAUUAAUUCACAGUGGCACUGCUUUCCUCAUCAGCAUUUUCAUGGGAAAUUAAUGAGCCAUGAAAUCAUUCAUACAUUUUUCAUGACUCACAAAUCAAAUUCAGUAUUUAUUUCAUGGCCCAUUAAACGUUUUUCAUGGCUCCAUCAUUGAACUUUCUUGGUAUGUUUCCAUAAUGUGGUGUUUCAUUGGAAAUUCAUGACCCAUGAAAGUAGUCCAGUUUAAUUCAUGGGCCAUGAAACAACUUGAACUUUUUUUCCACGAAAAUUUCAUGGCCACAGAUGAGGUCAUGAAAAAUUAUUUUGCAAGAUUCAUUGGCCAUGAAAUGAUGUUCAUGGUAUUUUCAAGUGAUUUUCAUGGGAUUUUCACAAAUCUCAGUUUCAUAGUGACACUUUGCUGCACAUUUUGGAGGAUCGCUCCUUUAAGUUGAGUCCUUUAGCAAUUCCUAUCGCGCACGUAGUGAUUAUGUUCAACGCUGCUGUCAACCCUUUUGCUUACGCUUUGAUAAACGAAAGAUUCAGGCAGAAGAUGAAAGAAAUGAUGUGCAGUGGUUCGCGUUCGUUGGCAACAAAGCAUUUCGUUACUUCCGCGCGUGCGCUACAUGAAAUUCAGAGAGCAAGCGUACCCGCGGUGACGCUGGAAGAGCAGAUGAGUAAAGGUGAUGUUACACGAGACGAUUCGCAACAGCGAUUUUAA